UGAAAUGGUCUAAGUCAGGACAUUAUGUGCUGCGGUUCUGCACACAUUUGGAGUAUUUGUAGGAUUUGAGUCCCGUUUUCACAUAUGAGCAAACAUUGUAAUCCAGGAAUGAAAGUAAAGCUGUUACUUCAUCUUAUUUUCCAAGGAUUUCUCCUAUAUGAGACGUUUGCAUGGGAAGUGAGGAUGCCAAAGGAAAUUCAUGGUCUCAAAGGUUCCUGUCUGGUUAUACCAUGUUCUUUCUCUUACACAUCGUAUCCACCCACCAACCCAAACAGAGUUGUGUGGUAUCAGUGGGUCUCUGAAGGCUACCCUUUAGUUUAUGAUCCCGAACAUCCUUCCGACGUCAUUGACAAGUUCAAGGGAAACACGUUUCUAUUUGGUGACCCGAAAAAAAGAGAGUGCAGUCUUCUCAUUAUAAACCUGGAUCAGUCCCAUCAUGGAGAGAAAUUAUAUGCAUGGAUUGACCCAGAAAGUGUUAGAAAUAGCACCUACAGGUUUUUUGAUGUCACCUCAACGAUUCUUGUGGACACUUAUCCGAAGCCGCCCACCAUCAAUAUUUAUGGAGGCGAAAGAAUCGGGGACGACAUGAUAAUGGCAUGUCACACCUACCACAGCUGUCCAUACAGCAAACCAAAGAUCAUUCUCAAUGGUAUAGAACGAUCUAAUCAAACAACUACUGACCAUAUUGAAGAUGGUCUUUGGAAAAUCACUCUGACACGCAGAGGUGUUGUGAAAGCUGAGAGCUCAGACAUUGAGUGUAUUGUAACACAUUAUGGAGGCAUAAGAGCAAGAGCUACAAAGAACAAAAGUUCAGCGUACUAUGAAACAAGAAUGGUGGAUCCUGAAAUCAAGGACACUGAUCGCGUGUAUGAAGCAGACGUGGUUCCCAGGCUCACUGCAUUACCUCGUUCCUGUGUGGUGAUACCCUGCAGUUUUCAGAUGCAUGAGGAACUUGCCGUGCAUCUUUGGGUUCGUUGGGUCUCGAAGAAAGUUUACAUGUUCCACUCUGGACAGAGCAAAGUCUUGGACAACUUCAAAGGCCGUACAAAACUCCUUGGAAACUCAAUUGAUCAGGACUGUACAGUCGAGAUUGAUAACGUGCAGAACGAUGAUAAUGGACCGUUCUGUUUUCGAGCAGAAACAGAAAAUAAGAAAUACCUUUUUAACAACAGCUGUGUGUUCAUUGUAAUGCGAGCCCCAGACAAACCUGUGAUGUCACCAAUCCCUGACAACAUCGAGCCCGGGACAAACGUCACCAUCGAAUGCUCAGUCAAACACACGUGCCCCUCUCACCCCCCCAGCAUCACCUGGAGCGUCCUAACUGCCCGAGAAACGGUUAAACAUCAGAGCAUGGGUGAAGGAGUUUGGGAAACAGUCUCGACUGUGACCUUCAUCCCAACCGGAUACGAAGAGGAAAGUCAAAUAAUUUGCAAUGCAUCGUUUUGGGGGGAUAAAACGGUGGUUAAUAGUUCAACUAAACUGAGUGUUCAAAGAUUUCAGCGUGUUAGAGUGGAGAUUCUUGGGCCGUCUAUCAUAGUCCCCAUACUUGUUUUUCUCCUCCUUUGCAUUGUCUACAUUUUGUACAAGAGGCGACGCAGUCAGCGAAAAAAAUCUAUUAAGGAUUAUGAAAAUUACUGCACAAAUAUGGCAGAUCUCAACAUAUAUGGAAACAUCGGAUAAAAAGGCUCCACAUCAAAUCUCCAAAAUGUGCUUCAGUAAUUUUUACCCAAAAAAAGAUGAGUUUGGCAUUUG